UUGUCCCAUUCACCGCCUCUAUGUUCUUCGAACUCGUCCUUAUCUCCUUUUUUGUCAAUGGAAGAACAAGCUAAGGGUGCGGAGGAUUCCGUGAGAAAAAAAUCCAUUUACAGGUCUCCUCCGCCACCUUCUCCGCCACCACCAAUGACUCAAAAGCCAUCAUCAUUGAAACCAGUGAAGUCAAGGAAAGGUGGUGAAGUUCAAAUUGGGAGGAUCAACGGCAAGGCGGUGAGGUUUGAUCAUCAAAAAUCAUCGAGGGUCGAGAAAUUGAACUGGGAAAGCGUCAUGGAACUUGCACAAGAAAAGAGAGUGGUUGUUGAAAAGGUGAUGGUCGAAACUACUACUGAUGAUGAUUCAGAGAUUGAGGAAGAUGGAGCUGGUGAAACUCCCAUUGUUUCAAGCAUCGAAAGGAGCCCAAACAACGAGUAUCCAAGCAGUGGGAAUAAUGGGGGUUCCGAUGUGGAUAAGAAGGCAGACGAAUUCAUAGCCAAAGAAAGGGAGCAAAUCAGGCUGCAGAGGAUCGAUUCUAUUAAGCGAUCGAGUGGCCAGUUUAAGAGAAACUAUUCUUGAAGACACAUCGAGCUUUACAGUUUUUACACUUUUGUGUUUC